AUGAGUGAUGGACGGAAGAGGCUUAGCGGUGCGGAGUACAAGAAACGGGCGAAGAAGAAACUCGAAGAACAAGAACGUGUAUUGAAACAAACCAAAAGGCUAGAUUUGUUCUUUAAGACGCCAGGAGAACAAGAGAUUGCACCAGUACUUGAAGGACCUGCACUUGACGAUUCCGUUGACGAGACGGCCGGCCAGCUGGACGACAAUGUUUCAGCUGGGCCAAGCUGCUCAAAUCCACCAGCUAAUCUAGCAAGUUUAAACGAAGACAUCAUCAUACCUCACGAGAUCGCCACUGAAAGCCUUUCGUUGGAGCUGCUGUCACCCUGCUGUUCCAGCGAAGAUCCAGCUUUCUGGGUUUUGAAUGAUGCAACUCGAGAUUCAAUCGCAAAAAAUGGGUUCAAACAAAAUAUCGACCUGGAUUUCUCAAACAGCGUCAGAGAAUACAAGGAUCAAAAACGAUAUUUAUCCAAAUCUCUGUUUCAACGAACAUUGAAAAAUGGAGAGGUUCAGGACAGAAAGUGGAUGGUAUUCUCAAAAAGCAAGGGUUCUGUUUAUUGUGGCCCUUGUUUGGCAUUCAAUUUCAAAGAGAAAUCCCAGUUUGAUUGUAAAGACGGAUUCAACGACUGGAAAAAUGGUGAAAGUCGGGCCAGUCAUCACGAAAACUCACCAAUUCACAAGUCGGCAAUCAUUACUCUAAAAUCACGAGAAAUUGCUCUGAAACGUGUUGGCAGUAUGUUAACUGAGCAGCUAGACAAAGAAACCAAUUAUUGGAAAAAGAUUUUGGCCAGGGUUGCCGUUAAGGCCUUGACAUCAAGAGGCCUUGCAUUAAGAGGCGAUGAUGAAAUCUUUGGAUCAAACAGAAAUGGAAAUUUUCUUAUGGCUUUAGAGCUUAUCUCAGAAUUCGACCCUUUUUUAGCUACUCACAUUGAAAAAUAUGUUGAUUCAACCCCAGACAUGUCUCAUGUAGACCAGUUGAUUCUUGCAGUCAGGUAUGUUUUAAAUGACGGUGUACCCUGUGAACGAUUUCUUACCUUCAUCCCGUCAGUUGGACAUACCGCAGAGGGUAUGUUUAAAAGUGUGAUGAGAGAACUAGGAAAUCUGGAAAUAAACAUUGAUGACUGCCGAGGCCAAUCGUACGAUAAUGCCUCAAAUAUGUCGGGGACUUACAAUGGUCUUCAGGCAAAGAUAAAGAGCAAAAGUCCUUUAGCUCUAUUCAUCCCGUGUGCGGCUCAUUCUUUAAAUCUGGUCGGAUCAUCUGCUGCUGAAUCUUGUGAAGAAGCGUGCAGAUUCUUCAUGUUGCUUCAAGAACUUUAUGUGUUUUUUACAUCUUCUACAAAACGAUGGGAGUGCCUGAUAGGUGUAAUGGAAGAUUCUUAUCAGAAUAAUAAGACUAUAAAAAGGGUGUGUCCUACACGAUGGUCGGCUAGGGAUGAUGCAUGUCAGAGCUUGCGAGAGUCUUGGGACGAAGUGUACAAGGCUUUGACAACAAUUUCAAAAGACCCAACAGAAAAGGCUACAACCAGAUGUGAGGCUCAAGGAAUCGCUCGGAAUCUAGAACGUUUUGAGACUGCAUUUAUGGUAUGCUUCUGGAGCACUGCCCUCCAUAGAAUUCACAAAGUCAGUAAAACUAUACAAAGUGGAACCGUUGACGUUUUGUUAGUCAGGGAUUUGUAUGGUUCUCUAGAGGAAUAUUUUGUGUCAGAAAGAAACAACUUUUCUUAUUUCGAGGAAUUGGGUAUGAAGAUAACCAAAACUGAAACAUACGAUUCAUACGAAAAAGACACAAGCAGACAAACCAAGCGAAAAGUCUGGCCAGACGAAACCCGGAGUGAAGAAGUCAACCUGACUGGCAGAGAUGACUUGAGAAUUAACACAUUUCUUCCAAUUCUAGACUCCUUUAUUUGUGAAUUUAAGAGAAGAAAAGUGGCCUAUAGUGACUUUGUAGAUAAAUUCUACUUCCUGACUCAAUUGUGUGACAGCAAAACAGACAUCAACAUCACAGAAGAGGAACUAAGAAACAAGGCAACGAAACUUCAUCAAAUUUAUCAAAAUGACUUAGAUUCCGAUUUUAUUGAAGAGUGCAUUCACUUCCAAAAACACUGUGCUGUGGGAAUGGACAAUCCCUCAGAUAAAACGUUGGAAGGAAUUUCUACCUUUUUGAGAAAGAACUCGUUGCAUGAUGUUUACCCUAACUUGGACAUAGCAGUACGAAUUAACUCUGCUAAGGGUAGAAUGAGUGUCAUCCCCUGGAGGGACAUGACCAUCUCAAUCUUGGCGAUGUAUAAAAGAAGUAUCAUUCCAAAUUUCAAGUAA